AUUUUGUCUGAAUUCCUAGCCCGUAGUAUGGCUGGCGCCCUCUAUCAAGACAGAAGGUGCAUUGACCCCGAUCUCAGAAUGGAGCCUGUUGGAUGGAAUGGUAUCGCGGCUCUAGAAAGCGUUUGGCCGUGCUGCAUCAACAAGGUGCACCAGACUAUUAGCUACACGAAAAUGGUGAAGUUCACGAAAGCCGAGAGCCCUCUGCGACGAUGCCGUCUGCAAGAUGGAGAUCCUUUUCCAUCAUUGUCUGUGUUUUGUUUGCAGUACGUUUGUCAUUCCCCUCCUGAGUCAUGGUCCAUUCGUCACUUGUCACCAUCUCCCAUUUCCAUCUCCUCUUCGCAAAUAGUUCCGAGGUUGGUACCUCCUCGGGGACGUCGUCUGUCCAUGACUGCUGGACAGUGCGCAAACCAGUUGAUUCACAGUGACGUGAUUGUACUAGAUGCAGUGUCAUCAGAACAGAUGAGGCAGCGUCCUCUCUGUUCAGGUACAAGGGCCAGCGUACCCGUCAAUUGGGUGGAUUCUGAGAAAAGGUGCAAACAGUCGGAUAAACAGUCAGAAAACAGUCGGGAUAAAGAGUAUGAACAGAGCAUGGCAAAACAGUCUAAAGGAAUCAAGCAGUGUCUUGAGAGAUAUAUGAGUUCUAUGGCCAGCGUGCCUGUUAACAGCUUGGCUGGAGACUAUGAACAGAGUGUGGUGAUACCAGUUGGACAUUUGAAGAACCUGAACUGUGGUACAAGAGCAAAGGUAUGUGAACUGAGACGAAGAAGAAUUCACAAGCUGACCAGGAAGAGGGUUUGUAAUCAGCGAGCUAUGAAAUGGCUGAGUAGUUUGCUAAAGAAGAAGCCCUGUGCUAGAGGUAACACUGGAAAAGUUGUAUGUGAUGGGUCUGGCAAGGGAUCAAGAAAGAAGCAGAUGACAAUAUGUUUGAUUUGACAGUUCAGGAGACAUGCACCAGUGAUGAUGUGGUCAAUCAGAGCCCUGUGAGAGGAAUGUGCACAAAGGACAGCAUCCAGGACAAUGAAACAAAAAUCAAAUCAGCAAGGUUGCCAGGUCAGUGAAGGACGGAGUUUGUUGAAACGUGUCGCUACAUGGCAAGAUGUACACAGCAUGACUGAUGUCAAGGACCAAUUAUCACCUGUCAUCCAAGUGUGAGUGCUCUGAGCGAUCUAAUCCAUCACUGAUGUCAGCCACUUCCAUCACCCGCCAACCAAGCCAGAAUUCUGCGAGUCACCUCGUGAAUCACUGAUGUCAGAGGCUACUAUUCCCUGUCAACCAAACCUGAGUACUAUAAGCCAUCUCUUAUACCGCUCUGAAGCUUCAAGAGAUGACUGCCUCAUUUGUUUGAAGCUGUCUGUUGGAACUAUUUGCACAUUCCAAGUUUUUAAAGCAUUAAGUGCGAUGUCAAGUAGGACUAAUCGGCUGCCGUUCAAGCCCGAGUUGUGUCAGCCACCGCUUGUGCCUCUGUGAUGUUGAAGGCUACUAGUCACCUGUCAUCCAAGCCCGACUACACUUUGUUGUAAUACUAAUCAACUCUCAUCCAAGCCCAAGCUCUUUGGGUCACCUGUUACACCACUCUAUGUGAUGUCUGAGGCUGCUAAUCACUGGCCAUCCAAGCCUGAGUUCUGUCAGCCACCUUUUGCAUCACUGUCAUGUCUGAGGCUACUUAUCACCUGCCAACAAAACCUGACUUAUGUAUGUGGCCUCAUAUAUAUGCUUACUGAAAUGUCAAAGCCUUGAUUGUAUCUGACGAUCUGCCAUGCAAGCUUGACUUCUGUGAACAACCUCUUCUAUGAUUGUGAUGUCAAGGCUACAUAUAAUUUGUCCUACUAUCCCAAUUAUUGUGAGCCACCUCUUGAAUCAAUGUGAUUAUUCAAGGCUACUAAUUUCUAAUCAAAUAUUGUGCAGUUAAAGACUAUUAUGGUUAUGUGCACAUUAUCCUUGAAAUCUGCAGUCACACUAAAUAGAAACUCAGUUUGAAUAAGGAUGUUCAGUUGUAAAGGUUUAAAUGUAAAUUCCCUUUGAGGGCAAUUCCGUAAAUUUGGACAUGCCAGACACUUUUAUGACCUGCUGUUGGAAAAGUGUUAUGUGAUACGUCACUUUUAAUGGGUAGAAAACAAUUGCUGACCAGACUAACAUACCACCACCUUAAUCACCUUGUACAUAUACUUCAUGUGGUCAGACGUAUGUUGGAUUUUAUGCAAUUGCCCAAAACAGGAAAAAUGCAGUGAAAGAAGUGCUUUAUGUUCAUAAGUUUUGUGAUAAGAAAAAUAAUUCUAAUGUAAAGUUUUCAUAGAAAAGGUUGGAGUGUUUUUUACUUGCUGACUCGUGUUGUGUACUCUAAAGUGUGUAGAUAAUUAUCUCAAAUUACAAUUCAUUUUGCUUCCUUCAACCAAAGAAUACUGUCAGACAUUUGUUCAACCAUAGCUGUGUACAUCCAACCUUGCGUUAUUUGUUCUUGAUUUAGUGAAAUGCAAAUAAAUAAUAUUGAAUUUCAAUGAAUUGUA